AUGAGCGAGGAGUUUGGAGGUGGCGGGAAGUUGGGAGAGGAUGUUGAGAGCGGGGGUGAGACGGAUGAGGGAAUUGGAGGAGGAGGAGAAGAUGUGCAGAGUGGAGGUGGUCAGGAGGAGGAUGGGGGUGUGGGGGUGGAGAGUUUGGUAGAGAGUUGUGUAUUUGGAGAUGUGUUUUGGGGAGGCGUUGAGCCAGGAGGUGAGGAGGAUUAG